CGAAUUAAAUUGUGAGGAAGCGGUGGAAGUUUUUCUAAUAAUUCUGCAAGAAAGCUAAGUAAAAGCUAAUUUAAAAGCAUAAAACAGGCUAUAUUUUAAGCCAAGACAGGACAUUGUGCCUUGCAAACGCUAGAACCGGUUUAUUUCUGAUUCUGGAGCUGCUAAUGUCAUUUCUGCUGCGUUGAGCAAUGCACUGGGGUUAGCAUCGUGACAAACCAACAUUUGUGCUUCCGCAGUAAAAUAACGAAUCAUGGAUGCAGAUUUGGAGGACGGGGAGCUCUCCGUGUCUGAUUCGGAGAUGACACCCGGGGCUGUGGCCCCUGGAUCGGCCCAGGCGGCUCCUCCAGCAGCAGCGUGCAGCGGGCAGGUGUUUCAGAGCAGACCAGCCGCCUCGCACGCGCCUCCAACCGGCUACCGCAGCUGCCCGGUCCCCGCCGAUUCCAGCGACAGCGACCAAGACUCCUCCGAUGAUGAAGCAGCGAUGUGGCGCAGGAAAAGACAGAAAGUAACCAACAACGCUCCACCGACUCGUAUGACUGCCCCUGCCUUUAACCCUAUGCCAUCAACAGGACGCAAAGUAAACAAUAUUUGGGGUUCCGUGGUUCAAGAACAGUGCCAGGAUGCAGUGGCUGCAGAGUUGGGAAUAUUUGGCAUGGAUGGCGAACUGGACACGUCUAGUAGAAACGUGGAGACGUAUAAUUAUGUACUGGCACGCAAAAUGAUGGAAAAGGAGAGAGAGUUGGAGAGACAGAUCAAAGGUGAUGGGGAGGUUAACAUGUUGGAUGCACAAUUAGACGACUACAUGAAGGGGAGAGGCUCAGAGGAGAGAGGGGACGGUGAUGCGAAGAGGAAGCGGCCAAUUAAGGAGCGCUUGAGCUCUAAAGCGGAGAUGGAUAUAAAGGGGAGGUAUGAGAUAACUGAAGACGACCCUCCGGAAAAAGUUGCAGACGAAAUUGCGCACAGAUUAAGAGAGCCAAAAGUAGAUCUGAUUGAUAGAGUUGUCGCUGUAAUUGGACCUGCAAAGGCUAUUGAACUACUGGGAGAGACUGCAACACUUGAAGAGACGGGUGGCGUGUAUACUUUGGAUGGGAGCAGACGACGCACGCCAGGUGGAGUGUACCUAAAUCUACUUAAAAACACCCCAAGUAUCACCAAAUCACAACUUAAGAAAAUAUUUUUGGAAGAGAACAGGCAGGAGAUGAAAAGCAAGAAAGCGGCGCAAAAGAGGAGGCGACAUCUAGUGGCGAAGAAGAUGAAGCAAGCCAUAGGGACGUUGAAUUUGCAAGAGCAUGAUGAUGUGUCCCGGGAGACAUUUGCCAGUGAUACGAACGAAGCGCUGGAAGCUUUGGAAGAAGGCCCAGAAGAGGAGGAGGGAGAGGGAGGAAGCCCGGAGCCCAAACCAGCAGGGACGGAGGAGAACCCAGUAGUGUACAGCGCGGCCGAUCUGGAAGUGUUUUGAUGUUUUCAUUUAAAUCAUAAUCUGAACUAGGGUUGUCACCAACUGUGUUUAGAUUAUGGUCACAUAGAAACAUUACUUAAUAAUUUUCGUGAUUAUAAUAUUGACAUAAUAAAAAACUGGUUAAAAACAUUCAUACUAGUGUUGUCACGAUAUUAAAAUUUCAGUUUCUUCUUUCAAUACUAAGGAAUUCACUCUGAUUACGACACCACAAUUGCUUCUUUUUAGUAAUAGUAUGUUAUUUUCAUUUUCAAAAUAACAGUAUCAGUUCUUUAUCUUGGCGUAAGGUCUUGUAUUUGUUCGGAUACAAUUCAUAAUUAUGCAAAAACUGUUCAGGAAAGCUCAAAUUUUGUCCUGCUAGAUUAUUUAUUGCAGUAUCGAUACCUGCUGAAAUGUGUAGUUUCAAUAUUGAUCUGAUUUUUGAUACUUUUGACAGUCCUAAUUCACACUAAUAUGUUAAACGUGCUUUACAUCAAGGUGUGUUCAUUUCUAAAUAAAAUAUGUAAA